AAAAAAAAAAAAAGGGCAAAAAAAACUUUUAAAAGUAAACCUUUUCUCUCCUUGUUCCUCCUUGCUCCGUUCUUCUCUUCUUCGCCUCCGGUCCACGUAGGUAAGUGGAGUACGACGAUUUGUUGAAUGCGAUUUUUUAAUUGUUAAGUAUUGAAGUUCAAGUGAUUGUUUUGAAUCUGGUGAAAUGGUGUGGUUUCGAGCUGGUUCGAAUGUUACCAAGCUAGCCGUUCGGAGGAUUCUGAAUCAGGGUGGUUCAUAUGCGACGAGGACGCGGUCUAUUCCUUCUCAGACUCGUUCCUUUCACUCGACUAUUUUCAGACCGAAGGCUCAGAGUGCUCCUAUUCCAAGAGCUGUACCGCUUUCUAAGCUAACUGAUAGUUUCUUAGAUGGGACGAGCAGUGUUUACCUUGAGGAGUUACAAAGGGCUUGGGAAACUGAUCCUAACAGUGUAGAUGAAUCUUGGGAUAAUUUCUUUAGGAACUUUGUUGGUCAGGCUGCCACUUCUCCCGGCAUCUCUGGGCAGACUAUUCAGGAGAGUAUGAGGCUCUUGUUACUUGUGAGGGCUUACCAGGUGAAUGGUCACAUGAAAGCAAAGUUGGAUCCUUUAGGUUUGGAACAGCGAGAGAUCCCUGAGGAUCUUGACUUGGCUCUUUAUGGAUUCACUGAGGCUGAUCUUGACAGAGAGUUCUUCUUGGGAGUGUGGCAGAUGUCGGGAUUCAUGUCUGAGAACCGGCCAGUGCAGACCCUUCGCUCCAUAUUGACCAGGCUCGAACAGGCAUACUGUGGGAACAUUGGGUUCGAGUAUAUGCACAUUGCUGAUCGGGAUAAAUGUAAUUGGUUGAGAGAAAAGAUUGAAACGCCAACUCCUUGGCAGUACAACAGAGAGCGCCGCGAGGUGAUUCUCGAUCGGCUAGCAUGGAGUACUCAGUUUGAGAAUUUCUUAGCUACCAAGUGGACAACAGCUAAAAGAUUUGGACUUGAGGGUGGAGAAUCCUUAAUCCCUGGCAUGAAGGAGAUGUUUGACAGGGCAGCAGACCUCGGAGUAGAAAGUAUUGUUAUUGGAAUGUCUCACAGAGGAAGAUUGAAUGUUCUGGGUAAUGUUGUUCGGAAGCCACUCCGUCAGAUAUUUAGUGAGUUCAGUGGUGGUAUUAGGCCUGUAGAUGAAGUUGGCUACACCGGAACUGGUGAUGUCAAAUAUCACUUGGGAACCUCUUAUGAUCGACCUACAAGAGGUGGGAAGAAAAUCCAUCUCUCUUUGGUUGCUAAUCCAAGUCACUUGGAAGCUGCAGAUUCUGUUGUUGUUGGCAAAACCAGAGCAAAACAGUACUACUCCAAUGAUUUAGACAGGACCAAGAAUUUAGGUAUAUUGAUUCAUGGAGAUGGUAGUUUUGCUGGACAAGGGGUAGUUUACGAAACUCUUCAUCUUAGUGCUCUUCCAAACUACACCACCGGAGGAACCAUACAUAUUGUGGUGAACAACCAAGUGGCUUUCACGACAGAUCCAAGGGCGGGGAGAUCUUCCCAGUAUUGUACUGAUGUCGCCAAGGCUUUGAGCGCUCCCAUCUUUCAUGUCAAUGGGGAUGAUGUUGAGGCUGUUGUUCAUGCCUGCGAGCUUGCUGCUGAGUGGCGUCAAACUUUUCAUUCUGAUGUAGUCGUUGAUUUGGUUUGCUACCGUAGGUUCGGGCAUAAUGAGAUAGAUGAGCCAUCCUUUACUCAGCCAAAAAUGUACAAGGUUAUCAAGAAUCAUCCUUCAACCCUUCAGAUCUACCACAAAAAGCUCUUGGAAUGCGGUGAAGUAUCACAACAGGAUAUCGACCGGAUACAGGAAAAGGUUAACACAAUCCUCAAUGAAGAGUUUGUCGCUAGUAAAGACUAUCUCCCUAAGAAACGAGAUUGGCUUUCAACCAAUUGGGCUGGAUUUAAGUCUCCUGAGCAGAUCUCACGAGUUAGAAACACUGGUGUCAAACCAGAGAUACUUAAGACUGUUGGAAAGGCAAUUUCAUCGCUUCCAGAAAACUUCAAGCCACACAGGGCAGUGAAAAAAGUUUAUGAACAACGUGCCCAAAUGAUUGAAUCAGGAGAAGGAGUUGACUGGGCUCUUGCAGAAGCUCUUGCUUUCGCUACAUUAGUUGUGGAAGGCAAUCAUGUUCGGUUGAGCGGUCAGGAUGUUGAACGUGGAACAUUUAGUCAUCGUCAUUCUGUCCUUCAUGACCAGGAAACUGGAGAAGAGUAUUGCCCACUAGAUCAUCUCAUCAUGAAUCAGGAUCCUGAGAUGUUUACUGUUAGCAACAGUUCUCUCUCAGAAUUUGGUGUCCUUGGAUUCGAAUUGGGUUACUCCAUGGAAAGCCCAAAUUCGUUGGUACUAUGGGAAGCUCAGUUUGGAGACUUUGCCAAUGGAGCUCAGGUGAUAUUUGAUCAGUUCAUCAGCAGUGGAGAAGCCAAAUGGCUGCGUCAAACCGGGCUUGUUAUGCUACUUCCACAUGGUUACGAUGGUCAGGGACCUGAACAUUCAAGUGCGAGGUUGGAACGUUACCUUCAGAUGAGUGAUGAUAAUCCGUAUGUCAUACCAGACAUGGAACCAACAAUGCGUAAGCAAAUUCAAGAAUGUAAUUGGCAGAUUGUCAACGCCACAACUCCUGCCAACUAUUUCCAUGUUCUGCGGCGACAGAUACACAGGGACUUCCGUAAGCCUCUGAUUGUAAUGGCACCAAAGAACUUGCUCCGUCACAAGGACUGCAAAUCAAAUCUCUCAGAGUUUGAUGAUGUCCAAGGUCACCCAGGUUUUGACAAGCAAGGAACUAGAUUUAAGAGAUUAAUCAAGGAUCAGAAUGAUCACUCUGAUCUUGAAGAAGGCAUCAGAAGAUUGGUACUUUGUUCCGGAAAGGUAUAUUAUGAGCUUGAUGAUGAACGGAAGAAGGUCGGCGCAACUGAUGUUGCUAUUUGUAGAGUGGAACAGCUUUGUCCUUUCCCAUACGAUCUCAUUCAGCGUGAGCUCAAGAGAUAUCCAAAUGCUGAGAUCGUUUGGUGCCAAGAAGAGGCGAUGAACAUGGGAGCAUUCAGCUACAUAUCUCCACGGCUAUGGACAGCAAUGAGAAGCUUAAACAGAGGAGAUAUGGAAGACAUAAAGUAUGUUGGUCGUGGUCCCUCUGCUGCAACUGCCACGGGUUUCUACACAUUCCAUGUCAAAGAGCAAGCCGAGCUAGUCCAGAAAGCCAUCGGAAAGGAACCCAUCAACUAGAAAGCUCGUCCGUGUCUAAAUGAAAUCUCAGACUGAAUAGAAAAAAAAGGGAGAAAACUUUGAAAAUAAGGACUUUGGGUUAUGCAAAAGUGCUAAACAACACUGAAAAAAAAAAUCCUCAGUUUCUUUGUUAUUUUUUUGGUCCCAUUGAUUUUGAGCCUGUCUUGUGUUGCAGGUCAAAACAUAAAAAUCUCAUUUUGAUAAAAUACAGUUUUGUUUUUGCUCGUCCUUUUA